AUGUCCGCCCAGAACCCCAUCCGAAGAAAGCUCGUCAUCGUCGGCGAUGGUGCAUGUGGCAAGACCUCAUUACUCUGCUCCUUCGCCCUCGGCGAGUUUCCCAAGGAAUACGUGCCCAUCUUCGAAAACUACGUCGCAGAGAUCCGCCUCGACGGCAAGCCUGUGCAGCUCGCCCUCUGGGAUACCGCUGGGCAGGAAGAGUACGAGCGUCUGCGGCCGAUGUCGUACUCAAAGUCACACGUCAUCCUCAUUGCGUUUGCGAUCGACACGCCAGACUCGCUGGAGAACGUCACGGUCAAGUGGAUAGAAGAGGUGCGCUCGAUCUGCGGGCCGACGAUCCCCGUGCUCCUCGUGGGGUGCAAGUCGGAUCUGCGUCCGCCGCCAGGGGCGAACGCGCCGCCGGGGUCGUAUGUGAGCACGGCGGAGGCGCAGCGGGUCGCGAACGCGAUCGGGGCGCGAGCGUACAAGGAGUGUUCGGCGCUGAAGAUCGAGGGCGUGGACGACGUGUUCGAGGCGGCGACGCGUGCGUCGAUGCUGAUGCGGGAGGGCGUGCCGGCGCAUGUGCCGUCGGGCCAUGAGCGACGGGGGAGCCGGGCGCGGAAUGUGGAGGCGACGAAGAACGGGUGUUGCGUCGUAUGUUAG